CUUAGCGGUGGUUGAUGAAAAUUGCUAGCGCAGUUUUUGUUUGAAUUUGUGUGUUUUAAAGUGAAUUUGUGGAUAAUAGUGAUUUAAAGACAUUCCUUAUAAAGUGUUCAUCAAAUAAGAAGAAUCUCACUUGCCAAUUUCAUAAUCCAAGAUGUCCGAGUGUCUGUGACAUUUUAAAUAAAGAAGAAAGCGGCAGAGGAAAACAAUAGAAAAAGAGGAAAACCGACAAAAUGUUUAACAAACCUACUUUUGGUUCGAACACUUCUGGCUUCGGGUCGUUCAACACGACGGCGGCGACGGCGUCUCCGUUCGGCGGGGGCUUCAAGCCUGCCACGGGCACCUUCGGAGCGCCCACCACCUUUGGCGCCAACGCCACCCAGCCGGCUACGGGAGGUCUCUUCGGCGCGUCGAAUACCUCGACUGGGUUAUUCGGCGGGUCCACGUCGACCGCGACACCUGCCUUCGGUAACACCUCGGCCGGGUUCGGGUUUGGGGCGAGCACGUCGACGGGUGGACUAUUCGGGGCCAGUAAUACCUCUACAGGGCUUUUCGGCAAUGCGCAGAACACUUCCGCUUUCGGGGCCAAGCCUGCCGGCUUCGGGUUCGGCGGCACGACCGCGGCGGCGACCCCGGGCGGAGGCCUAUUCGGCGCCUCCGCCGCGCCCAGCACGGGGCUGUUCGCGCAGCAGGGCUCCACCCUCGGCGGGGGGCUCUUCUCUAACAAUACUGGUACCUUCGGGCAGCAGCAGGCGACAGCAGGCACCGCCCACGUGAAGUACAACCCAGUGGUGGGCACAGACGUGGUGGUCAAGUCAGGCACCUCGCAGACCAUCAACAUUAAACACCAUUGCAUAACUUGCAUGAAGGAAUACGAGGGUAAAUCCUUGGAGGAGCUCCGCCUGGAUGACUACACGGCGGGCCGGAAGGGCGGCGGCGGCGGCGUGUUUGGCUUCCAGCAGCAGGAGGCCAAGCCGCUCUUCGGGGGCUCCACAUUCGGCCAAACAGCGACCACAACAGCAUCAACUGUCUUCGGCGGCGGCGGUCUGGGGGCCACCACUGGCGGCUUUGGACAGACCAAUACUUUCUCGUUUGGAAGCAACGCGCAGAGCACCACAAACACGACAGGCGGGCUGUUCGGGGCCGCUAAACCAGCAUUCGGUGCCGCCUCUACUACUGGUACGGGCUUGUUCGGCAGUACUACAACCCAGGCGGCGCCCACCUUCGGCACCAGCAGUGCGCCUACCUUUGGCUUCGGCUCCAACACGCAACCUCAGACGGGUGGGUUGUUCGGCGCGAAGCCAGCGACAACCGGGUUCGGUGCGCCGGCGAGCACGGCGGGCUUCGGAGCCUUCGGGGGCGGAGGCCUGUUCGCCAACAAGCCGCAGCAGACGACCGCGCCCACCUUCGGAUCAGCAGCGCCUGCUUUCGGCUCACUGUCGGGCGGCGGUUUUGGAGCCAACACGUCGACCACGGGAACAUUAUUUGGCGGUGGUAACACCUUCGGCAAGCCAGCCACCUCCCAACCCGCCUUCGGCUUCAACACCACAAACACUGGACUCGGUGGGGGCUUGGGUGCGGGAUUAGGCGCCCCCUCGUUCCAGGCCAAGCCGGCCGCGCAGCCGUUCAGCGCGCUGGGCGGCGGCUCGCUGUUCCAGACGCAGCCCGCAGCCAACUUCUCCGCAGGUAAGGGUCUGGACAGCGGGCUGGGGGGCGGAGGCCUAUUCAGCAACACGUCCACGCUCGGGGGCUCCUCGCUCGGCCUCGGGGGGCUCGGGGCCAACACCUCAGCUCUUGCCAACAACAACCUAUCGGGCGCAUCGGCCGCUGGCAAUGUGCACGAGCAGAUACUGACGCUGGUGGCGCGCCCCUACGGAGACUCGCCGCUCUUCAAGGACCUCCCGCCGGAAACUGCGGCGUCAACGGAAGUCCUGAAGCCGACCAACCCGGCGGCUGUGAAGGCGGUCCUGGACAGUUCCAGCCCUUACCGCGUCACUGACUCCUCGGCCAGGUUGAAGCUCAGACACCCGCCCACAACGCACGAUAAAAAGUCCUUGUUCGACGGCUUGGAGGAGUCUGACGCGACGUUGGAAGACAAGCUGAGUCUCAAGCCGAGCCGCAAGCGACUGGUGCUGCGCCCGCGCUCACAGGACAGCGACGCUGAGCAUAUAAGCCAUAGAUCUCUGGAGGAUCAGCCACAGAACACGAGCCUGAACGGGCCGCCAACCAAAGACGCGGAUAACAACAAUUCUGCGGCAGAAGAAGACCGCGCGAGGAAGGAAAACUCACACUAUAACGAAAAUAACAACCUGGAAACCAGUUCGGAUAGACACGGCAGUUGGUUAAGUGCAUCGAAACAUCAGUGGAGCGCGGAAAAAGAGAAACCAGUGGAGAACGAACCCACACCGCGACUGUAUCCUAGUUUGGAUAAGGAAAAUCCAAUGCAGAUUUCUUCCGAGAGACGUGCGAGUUGGUUGACAACGAAGCCCCUGCGGAAGCCCCUGUCGAGCAAUCCCGAGGCGGCGGAGAACUCGGUGCGAGACCUCGGCCUCCGCCCCGCGGACCGCUCCCACGACAAGGAGAACGUCGACACUCUCUCAAUGACAGAAGAAGAGAAUGCGGUCACCCGGGACAUCCCGCCGCACCCUACAGGCGUCAAGUUGACCCGCCCCGGGUACUACACCAUCCCUUCCCUGGACGACAUGAUCAAAUACAUGCGCUCAGACGGGUCGUGCGUGGUGCCGCACCUCACCAUCGGCCGCAAGAACUAUGGCAACGUAUACUAUGACUGCGAGAUCGACGUCUCUGGCCUGGAUCUUGAUUCCCUGGUCCACUUCCUAAACAAGGAAGUGACGGUGUAUCCGGACGACUGCGACAAGCCCCCUGUGGGUGAGGGGCUCAACAGACGAGCGAUCGUCACCCUCGACCGCAUCUGGCCUCGAGACAAGACCGACAAGAUGCCAAUCACUGACCCGCACAGGUUGUUGGCGAUGGACUAUGAAGGCAAGUUGCGUCGAGUGUGCGACAAACACGACACUAAGUUUAUCGAGUACCGCCCGCAGACCGGCAGCUGGGUGUUCAGGGUGGAGCACUUCAGCAAGUACAGCCUAACGGACUCCGAUGAGGAAGACGACCCCACGCCCGAGGUGCUGAAGCGACAACUGGUCAACAACCAGCUGCAGAAGGCGGCGCCUAUAGCACCACCUAAACCGCCAACUCAGCCGACAGCAGGCCUCGGAGGUCUAGGAGGCCCCAUGUACUCUGGCCUCACCCCUCUGGCCAUGAGCCCACUGUAUCCCACUGCUGGGCUCGCCGGCCCCGCGCUGGUGGGGCACGAUGACCUCUACGCCAUGCAGCAGACUUCACUGAACCUCCUCAAUGGAGCUGGGAAAGCUUUCGAAAUGGACACCACAGAAGACAAUACGGAGUCCCAGAGCCUCUACCAAGACAGUCAUAGAGCCUAUGGCGUCAAGAGUCCUACGAGCGAGUUGGCGCGUCUGGAACAUCGACAGAGCCAUAAUGUUCAACUGAUGAAGGCAUCCUUAUACGCUGAUACUGAAAUGGAGGACGACACGUCAGUAUCAACAGGUGACCAGCAAGUGCCACGUGUGGGCUCCCUGCUGACCGGCCCGCCCUCCGUGCAUAGAGAGGACGAAUACGUUACUGAGGACACGCCUGUCAUGGCCGCUGAAGCUGCAGAAGUGGCGUUGAAGCCACUCAUAGUGCGCCCGCACACUAUAGUCUUGAAGUAUCACAGAAAAGUUUUGCCGUUCAAACAGACUAUAGCUGGUCGCCUUGACGCGGCUUAUAUCGCGGACAUGUCGGUAUGUCGCGGCCGCCACAGUCGCGUCGGCUUCGGGCCCUCCGGCGCGAUAGUGUAUCCCACUUCCUACGACUCUAUAUCUACGCUGCCGCGCUCGGCGGAUCUAUGCGACUUGGGCCGCUACGUGCGCGGGCGCAGCGAUGACGACUGGAGCGAGGCAGUCGUCGCCAGGCUAGCUAUAGGACACCCGGAUAAGAAUAAUAACUUCGUGGAGAUGAUCUCCCGUCACCUGGAGACCCUGCUGCAGCACUCGUCGUGCCCCGCCGGCGGGGCGCGGGCCGUGGCGUGCGAGCCGGCUGCGCGCCGCGCCGCUCUAGCGGGCCUCACGCGGCCCUACCGCCACCUGCAGGCUGCCAAGCAUACGUAUGGAGUCUCCAGUUCGUAUUGCCACGAAGUUUUCCGGUUGUGUGAAGCUCUUUGGGGCGCUGAUCUGGACAAUGACGGUAUACCGGGCACAGAUGACGCGUCUAUAGUGGACAGGCACAGGAAGCUUCUAGAAUGGCUGACCGCGGCCGUCAGCGAGUCCACAGACGAGGAGUUGAAGACCCCGCGCUCGCCCGAGGCAGAAGAUGAAACGGACACGCACAGCAGUCGCGUGUGGACGCUGCUGCUGGGCGGGCGGGUGGUGGAGGCGUGCAAGGUGGCCGUGGAGCAUGGUGACUGCAACAUGGCCACGCUGAUCGCUCAGUGCUCAGGCGAUCCGAUGUUUCGUUCAUUGGUGACUCGGCAAAUUUCCCUCUGGCGUGAAUGUGGCGCCGACAAGCUGAUGAGCUCGGCGCGGAUGUCGUCGCUGCAGCUGGUGGCGGCCAGCGCGCCGCGGGACGGGCUGGCGCGGGCUGACUGGCUGCGAGCCCUGCACGCCACCGCCAGAUACUUGUGCCCGCAAGUGCCGACCCUGGAGCAAGUGGUGCGCACGUACGAGGGGUUGUUCGUGGACGGCCAAGUGGGUGACGAGGGCGUGGACUUGUCGGCCGUGCGCGCGGACGAGAUGGGUAUGAGGCUGCCCGUACCACCGUACCUCGAAGAAUACGACGUGACUCUACUCAAUAAUGGCAAACACCGUCGCGUUCUCGACUUGCGGUACGAGUUGAUCAGAGCUCGCGCUAUGAACACUCGACCUAAACUCCAGCCCGCUAUGUACACCCCAGAUCCUAUGGACUACAGCUUGUGCUUCGUGCUGGGCGCGUGGUUCGGCUGCGUGACCGCGGAGUCCGCGUGUGGCGUCGCCGAGCAGCUGGAAGCGGCCGGCGCCUGGCACCUCGCCGUGCAGGCGCUGCAGUACCACCCGCACGACGCCGCUCGCGCGCACCUGAUCCGCGGCGUGUUGUCGCGGCACGCGCCCGCCGCCGCCGACACGGCCGAGCAGGCGGCGCGGCUGCAGCUUCUGGCCACGCUGCAGGUGCCGCAGCGGUGGGUGCUGCUGGCUCAGGCUCACAGGGCUAAGUAUCUGCACAUGCCGGCAGUGGAAGCUCAGCACCUGGUGGGCGCCGAGCAGUGGAACGCGGCGCACAAGGUGUUGCUCGAGGAGUUACUGCCUGAUGCUGUGUUGGGUGAUGAUCUCCAAAGUAUAGCGCCGUUAGUGGAGAAGUUGAACGAGGCCGCGUUGAGGCAUGAAGUGAGCGGCUGGGAGAGCGGGGGACAGGCGCUUUAUCACUAUAUACACGUUUGUGAGGAGAUCCGCGGGCUGGUGUCGCCGGCGGGCGGCGUGGGCGGCGCGGGCGCGCGUCUGGCGGCGCUGCGGCCGCGGCUGGCGGCGGCGUGCCGCGCGCUGGCGCGCCUGCCGGGGGGAGGCGCGCGCCGCGCCGCCGCGCGCACGGAGAUGGGCGCGCGGCUGCUGCAGCUGGCGCUGGCCGCGGGCGAGCCGCCGCACCACCUGGCGCUGCUGCUCAAGCAGCUGCAGCUGCCGCCCGACACCACCGCCACGGCCAUGAUACAGAUCACGACCGACCUAGCGGAGCGGGCAGCGGACAUGUGUAUAGAGUCAGCCGAAAGUUCGCCUAUCUCCUCUCACCACCGCGCCGCCGCGCACAGCUAGACAGAGAUAGCUGUACUACGUUAGACGGAGACGGAUAUACUAUAUUGCGCUUUGUUAGACAGAGACAGUUAUACUUACAGUGUAAAGUGAGCAAACAGGUAUACUAUACAUUCGUGUUAGAUUAUAUUGUGAAACAUUGGUUAAGUUAAAAUGCCUAAAUGUGUUUAUACAGUGCAUAAACUAUAUUAGUGCUAAUUGGCUACUUGAAGGUUGUAAUAAAAUAUGAAAUACGUCGAAUAUGGUAUAUUUAUCCAAUAGAUUUUUUUUAGAAAUGCGCCGAGUAACACUUUUGCCGAGUAACGACUACCGAGUUUUACUCGGCUCGGCCGAGUAACUCGGUUCAAUCAAAUUCGCAUUUCGCGCGCGUAAACAAGUACAAACAGGUUUGCGCCGGUCAAGACGUCGGCUCGCGUUGAUACACCCCUCACCCCGCCCACGCCUUUCAACUCCUAAGUCACUUGAUUGUUUGCAAACAAACACGUCACGUUGCGCGUCAUAAAAAAAAAGUUUGUUAUUUAUCAAUGGUUGUAUUACUCGUUAUCAAAUAACCGAGUUAUUCGGCCGAGUACGAGUAUCAAAAAACCCGCCGAGUACGAAGAGUACAGAGUAUCAAACGAGUACUCGGCCCAUCUCUUUUUUCUAUAAAGAUCAUUUUUAAAUAUUUUAUUUUUACAAAAAUGCGCUUUUUUUAUCUGUGUAUUACAAGACCCGAAACACGGGCGGCCAUGAUUGAGCUUCGUGUGACGUCACAUUUCACAAAAUAAUGACUAUCUGUCAGGUUUCAAGUUAUACUGUUAUAAAUGAGGAUUUAUUUAUUCACUUUCAUUCCGUAAAUAUAAUUAAGUAAAAGUCAUGUAAUUCAUUAUAGUUACAAUGUUAAUAAAAUAUAUAACAGUCAAAUUAAAAACCUACACUAAAAUACAAUAAAAUACACAAAUAUAUUUAAAAAAAA